AUAUGUCAUGCAUAGCCCCUCUCACACAUUAUACACAAACGCCGUCGGACAAAACAGAGUAGCUGAAGGAAAGAAGAGCAUCCAUACACCUUAUCUCAACCCAUUUUACAGAGAUGUGGGCCGGGCUUGUUAUUUACCUCUUUCUGCCCGCCGUGCAGUCAUGCGCUAAAGGUAAACCGAAUGAAUGUGCACAAGCAAACUUCGCCCCCGGGUCCAACCUUGCCGGAGAAGGAUACGAUGUGACCAAGAUGCAGCGCAAGGGAGCCUUUGUCAUUAACACCGAUGUCUGGAGGCGAAAGGAUAAAUCCUGCAUUCUUUGCAUGAACCCCUACAUGGACGGGGCAAAGCAAAGGCUUCCCAUAUCUGUGGUGGACUGGAGACCCAGCCAAAAGUGCAGCAUACAAAUAUCAAGUUCUCUGUACCAGUCCAGCGAGGAUCUGAUCAGCUCCAGCACCUCCUCAAUUGAGAACAACUGGGGGGCAAAUUUGGGAAUAGAUAUUGGCCAAAAUAAAGGUUCAUUCAUUAUGGCUGGAACUAAUUCGAAACUUGCGGAGUACUCGAUGGAGAGGACCAAACAGGACAAGUUCAAUUUCGCCAGUCAAAGUAUUUCUUGUGCCUUUUACAGCUACAGGGUCUCCAACAAGCCUGUUCUCCAUUCUGAGUUCAAGCGCUCUGUAAAGGAGCUUCCCAAGACAUACAAUCUUGUUUUCAAACCACGUUUCUACAAGUUUAUUAACACCUAUGGAACCCAUUACAUCACUAAGGUAACUCUUGGUGGAAGCGUACAGUCUGUGACCAGUAUCAGACAGUGUGAGAUCGCUCUACAGGGCCUAAGUGCGGAUGAAGUGAAGAAAUGCUUGGAUGUGGAGGCAAAUGCCAGCAUUCGUGGCAAAGUAGAUAUGAAGGCAGAAUCUAAGCACUGUCAUGAAGACAAGAGCAAAACAGAGCACAAAAGCAGCUUCUCCAGCCGCUUUAAUGACAGGCAGACCUAUGUCACUGGAGGUCACACCACAGAGCCCGAGCUCCUUUUCUCCGGAGGAAAAGACCCGGCAGCGUACAAAGAAUGGCUUGCAUCCCUUCCACAAAACCCAGAUGUGCUUUCUUACUCUCUGGAGUCGCUACAUGAGCUGAUCUCCACCAAAGAUCCAGUGCGCAAGCACUUGCGCCAAGCCAUCCAUGACUACAUUCUGGAAAAGUCCCUCUGGAGGAACUGCACAGACUCUUGCAAAGAUGGUGUCAAAGCCAACCCAAACAAUCCAUGUGCCUGCACUUGUCGCAACAAUCCAGGGGUCACACCAGAUUGCUGCCCAUCCAAGCUUGGACUUUCUCGGGUCAAGGUGACAAUCGUGAAAGCUGAAGGUCUGUGGGGUGACCAAACCACAGCGACAGAUGGGUACGUUAAAGUGUUCAACAAACAUAACGCGCAGAUCGGACGCACCGAUAUGAUCACGAAUAACAACUCACCCUACUGGGGGAGGACCUUUGAUCUGGGUGAUGUUGUCCUGGCAGAGAAUGACAAGAUGAAACUGGAGGUGUGGGAUGAAGAUAGUAAAUGGGACGACGAUUUGCUGGGAACCUGUGAAGUAGCCAUAAAAGCAGGUCAGAAUGUCAAUUUCUGCAAUUUAAAUCAUGGCCUGCUGUUCUACAAAACAGAAGUGACAUGCGCCCCAAGUUUGUCUGGCCCCUAUUGCGCAAAGUAUGUGGGUUCUCCCAUGAACUUUCACCUGGAGAAGGUAUAUGUGUCUCGAAAUGCACGACCUGUGCCAGCAGAAAUGCUAAUGAGCAAGGGAGUGCUUCUGGACAGACUUUAUGUAUAUCAGAAGGCAAAUUACAGUGCUAAAACUAUUUUGUAGUAAGUUUUGGCUUUUGGAUCUGAUUAUGCGACGACUAUUCUUGUAUUGUGUUUGUAUUUAUCACAUAAGUAAUAUAAUUUAACAUUUCUCAAUAUUAGAGACAAUGCGCAAUACGUAUUUAUUAUCUGCUGUCUUUAUUGCAGCAUUUCCAUGCUUGCACGGGCAAUUUUUCAAAAAGACAUCAUAUACAUUGUAACUGUACUGUGUUAUUAUGCUCUUUCAGUCUGCACACAUC